AUUCUGACAGUCUCCCGGCGCUGCUGCUUUAAAGCUAUUGCCGCUUCUCUGGAGGCCUCAGCUGAAUUUUGCUCCCCUGCCCUUUUCCUUCGCUGAAGAUGCCGAGCAAGAAAAAGAAAUAUAACGCUCGUUUUCCUCCGGCGAGAAUUAAGAAGAUUAUGCAGACAGAUGAAGAAAUAGGAAAAGUUGCAGCCGCUGUUCCUGUCAUUAUAUCUCGUGCACUAGAACUCUUUCUGGAAUCCCUUCUGAAGAAAGCAUGUCACGUCACACAGUCUCGAAACGCCAAAACUAUGACUACAUCACAUCUAAAGCAGUGUAUCGAGCUUGAGCAACAGUUUGACUUCCUGAAGGAUCUUGUAGCUGCUGUUCCAGACAUGCAGGGUGAGACUGAAGACAAUCAUACUGAAGGAGAGAGGGUGUCACGGAGGGGCCGGAAACCAGGAAGUAGUCGGAAGAAUGGGGGAUCCACCAUGAAAGGAAAGGAUAAAAAGCAGUCCGAGACAGAAUCAGAACAAGAGGAGGACUCUGAAGGGACAGAAUCAGAGGGAGAGGAAGAUAUGUGCCCCGAUCCUCCUGUAGGCAACCAAUCACAAGUCACAUUUCAGAGUCCCCAGGCUCCUUCUUUCAUGAAUUUCCAUUCUGGGACUGCACUGCCCCAAGUACCUGCUGCUCUGCCUGUUAUGCCAGCUCCAUUGCCACCUACAGGCUGUGAAGAGGAGGAAGACUAUGAUUCGUAGCCACUAGAUGGACCCUGUUUAAUUCCGUUUUCAUUUAUUCGCUUUGUUUGUUUGUUUUUUUUUAUUUUGAUUUUAAAAGGGCUUCAAAGCCUUGGGGGGGUUGUUAUAUGUGUUCUUAAAUUUAUUAAAAAAGGAUGUGGAGGAUAAAAA